AUGGGCCUAUUCUCGGGGAAGAAGAUCCGCUGGAACCACUUUGGGAAGAAGUACAACCUCCGUCUCUCCGAAUAUGAGUGGGACUAUUCGGAUAUCUAUGAUGCGCUCCUGAAGAAAAUCCACGAGCAACGCCACGACUUCGAAGGAACGCUGGCCUAUAUCGAUGGAUACGGUAGACAGGCGAUAAUCCGGGACGACAAAUCCCUCCGCGACGCCCUCACCGAAAGCAAGGGAAAACUGAAGCUGCACACCACCCUCCCCGAAAAUGCCGUCAUCUCGGCUGCUGAUAUUGCCGGAAGGCCGGCCAGGUCGCAGAGCGUCCCGCCGUCUUCGGCGCCGCCCCCUCCCGGCUACUACAAGGUGACCACUUAUCCGACCAUGUAUAGCCAGAAUCUGCUAUACGGAAUGCCGCCUCACAACGGGAUGCUGUGGCGUUUCCUGGCUUCCCCAUUCCCAUUCGGACACGGCAAGACAUGGAUGGGACCCAAUAAGUACCACAGCUUCGGCAACUACCACGGCUUCUACCCGGGAUAUGGAGGCGGAAGGUACAUGCACAGCAGCUCGUGGGGACCUAUUUUC